AUGAUCGAAGAAAUAGGACGCGAUGUCUAUCGAAAAUCAGUGAUUUCGGCUUCUCUUUGGUUGAUCCGAGUGUUCUUCCAAUGUGAGGGAAAGGAGCAGCACAUGUUCAGGAUCUUCCUCAAGGAUGUAAGCGCUUUUGUCCGAUUCUCAUGUAAAGUAAAAGACUAUCACUCAGUUUCAGAUGAAAAAUAUAUCGUACCGUGCAGUGGUUUCCUAAUCUCGCCACGCCACGUUCUUACGGCCGCACAUUGUGCGUUGAACGAAGAUCAACGUAAAGUUGACCGUGAAUGCUUGGGAUACUUGAAGAAUUACGUACCAUCGGAAAACAAGCCGAAAGAUUUUACCAUAUACGUCGGCACCCGUUGUAAUCCCCCCGAAAAAUGCAACAUUACACACCCAGUUUCUAAGGUUUUUGUCGACCAAAAAUAUAAGCGAUGCGUGAAAGGGAAAAAGGACAAGUUCCGCGUACAUCAGCACGACCUUGCUAUCCUCGAACUCAGUAAAGAAGUCAGCAACAAGGAUGCCAUUCCGAUUUGCUUGCCUCACAGUAAACUUGCAUUGGCAAAGGAGUUCCAGGCCGCAGGAACAGGAUGGGAAAGUUGUAAGUUUGAAAUACGACAAUGCAUGAAAAUUUCGGCAGUUUCUCGAUAG